CACAAACCAUCCAUCCCCUCACAAACAACACUACCACUUACCACCACAGCACCUUCACCACCUCCUCCAGAAAGAUGGCGGCCGAGACACCAAUAACAGAGGAGUCGCUCCGGGCUGCUCUCACCGAGCGGCUCAAGGUCACUCACGUCGAGAUCCAAGACAUGUCCGGCGGCUGCGGGCAGGCCUUCACCUCGCUCAUCGUGUCGCCCGAGUUCGCCGGCAAGACGUCGCUCAAGCGGCACCGCCUGGUCAACGCGGCGCUCCGGGACGAGAUCGCGCGCAUCCACGCCUGGAGCGCAAAGUGCCAGACCCCGGACGAGUACGCCAGCGAGAUGGCGGCCACCGGCGGAGACGACAACCCCCCCCUCGACGGGACCGAGGACGGCAAGGUGGCCGGCGUGAACGGUUAGGUGUUUUUUUUUUUUUAAAAAAAAAAAAAAAAAAGGGGGUCCGAUGCGGUUUUGUCAUUUCUGUGCCCUAGCAGUGUGGAGCA